UGAGACUAUUGAGACGAAAUACCAAAACGACAUCAUAAGGCAGGGUCUGGAAAUGCUUGUAACAUGGAGACGGGCCCAGUCCACCAGUAAUGAACAGCAGAGGACCACAUUGUGCACAGCAUUGAAGAACAUAGAAAGAGCAGAUAUUGCCGGAUUUCUGAAUGCUGCUACCGGAAAAGGGGAUGUCACCACGUCUUCACCAAAUGCCAAUCCAUCUAGCCCAAGUCCCUCACCCAUUCCUUCCACACAAGCUUCAGGAGUGCCUGCACCCAGACCUCAGCAUAGUCAGAGACCGGACCAAGAACCAAGGCUGAGGGCUCCUAGCUACCAAGAUGUUGGUAACAAGACUAGGAACAUUUUGAAGGAAUUUUAUAAAACAACAGGCAGUUAUAUUCAGUUGUUGCAUGAGGUUGAUAAUGACCAAAAGCACAUUGCUGAUAUAUACACUAAAGUACAGUUAGAAACACGAGAAGGGGUAGCAGUUGUCACUACAGGAGAAACUGUUAGAAAAAAGGGGUCAGAAAGGAGAAAUUGUAAACUCCACAGAGUAUGACAAAAUAUUCAGUUUAAGGACAAGAACUGGGGAACUCAUCACACGCCUUAUUUUCGUUGGCAUGGGAGGUGUUGGGAAGUCAACCAUUUUUGAUAGGAUUGCAUACGACUGGGCAAGCGAAAUACUGAAGAGUUUAAGCUUGUCUUUCGUUUAAAGAUGUUUGCCCUGUCGCAAGAAUCUGAUCUUGUUGAUUCCUUCGAUCAACUUCUAGAUGAAGAUUCAGGAAUAGCCAAAGAUGAACUUGAUCAAUUCAUCCUGGCCAACCCAAAUGAGGUCUUGAUUCUUUUGGAUGGUUUUGAUGAAAUGAUGACCAAAACACUCAACGUGGACUCAUUCGGUUCUAUCCUAAAAGCACUCAAUAGAACAAAGUAUCGGAAAUGUGUAAUCUGUGUAUCAACACGCCCCUCUCAUCUUGAUACACUGAUGUCAAAAUCACUUGUCCAAAAUCCUUGCACACACGUGGAAGUUCUGGGGUUUACAGACGAUGGUGUUAAUGAAUACGUUCGGAAAUUCUGUGACAAAGAUCCUGAUAGUGGCAAUGCGCUAAUCCAAACCAUUGAAUUGUCUCGCGUGCUGCAUGAUUUUGCAAAAAAUCCUAUGUUGUUGAUGCUUAUGUGCUCAUUGUGGAGGGAGAAUAAUAAACUCCCAGAAACACUUUCACGCCUCUUCAAUAGGGCAGUUGAGCACAUGUUCACAAGAAAAGACAAAAACAAGAAAACACCUGCGGAUGCAAAAACGAGAACGUUGGAUGUAUCAAAAGAAUUGAUUGCAAUAGGAAAAACUGCGUUGCGUGGAUUCAUGCGUGCUGACCAGAAAUUCUCAUUUCAAGAAGAUGAGUUUGAACCGAAUGCGCUGCGCCUGGCACUGAAAGUGGGCAUUCUUACCCAGCAGAGUGUUAUCAAAAACAGUAAAUCUCACAACAGCAUACAAUUCAUGCACAAGACAAUUCAGGAAUAUUGUGCCGCGAAAUACUUGCAGAGUUUGAACAAACCCAGAUUGCUUGCGUUUGUGAAGAAAUUCAAAUUUCGGUUGCAUGUGUCUCAAUUGUGUUCAACAAUUGAGGGUGUUGUUUCGAAUGAGUUUCUCUUUCGUUUUUGUUGUGGUGACAAUAAGAGGUGCAUGACCCAUAUCGUGAACUUACUUAACCGUAAGUUCAAUAAGGAUGAGCCAAGGUACCAAUCAGAUGUAGUACAAGUGAUUAGUCGAAAUUGCUUUUUUGAAAGCCAGUCAGAAAAGGCCCCACAGUGUCUCACCAGCGACUCACAUAUCUCAUCAGCUAUCAAUGUGGGUAACAAUAAUGAUUUACGUAAUCUCGUGUACCUUCUUGAAAUCAUCUGUAAGUCCGCAGAC